AUGGACGGGUCUUGGCAUGAAGUUGGCGAUGGAGAUGGCGGAAGCAGGAGAGACAGAAGCAACAACAGUAACGACGGCUACGGCGAGGUUGAGGGAGGCUCAGACGUUGAUGUUAUUUCCCUGCCCAGCUCGGAGGAUGAGAAGGGCUCUGACAACGAGCCUGAUAUCUCUCAUAACUGGGUGACGGUCAUGGAUACCUUCACCUUUGCAACGUCAACACAGGUGGCCUUGCCCAUCCGAGCUAAGAUAUGUAACUUAGAGGGACGGCAAAAGCAGAUUCCCUUCUCCGUCUUGCUGAAGAAUCCAGAGCUACGCCAUCUCGGGUCCAACCAGAGCCCAACUUCAGAUCUAUACAUUACCGCACAGCUAUGGAGCAGCUGCAAACCCCUUGGCAUGCCCAUGCAAACCGCAUACAAGUCAUUCAAAACCAGCCGGACAUGGAACGAGUGGCUAGAAAUGCCAGUUCUCAUCAGGGAUGCACCGCAAAAUACCCAAUUGGCGCUUACAGUCUGGGACUUAUCGCCUUUGGAUGGGGGAGAAGGCCAUGACCACUCAGUUCCAUUCGGUGGCACAACAAUCCCACUUUUCGACGAGGAUGGGACGCUGAAAAAGGGAAAACAAAAAUGCAAACUAUACCGGCACAAAGCUGCCGAUGGCUUUUCAUACACCACUACACCAUCCACUCCGCCGCCCAAACGACGUAGAGGUAACUUUGUUGAAGAGGGGCCUACUCCGGUGGAACUCGAGCUUGAACGGCUAGAGAAACUUCUGAAGAAACAUGAAAUGGGAGAGAUACCUCGGGUGGAUUGGCUAGAUCAGCUGGUCUUCCGAGCAGUGGAAAAGAUCAAGGUAGAGGCUGAAGACGCGGCGAAGAAGCGCGCGCUUAGAAAUAAAGCUGCUAGGGAAAAGGCCGUCAUUGAGACCAAUGGUGACCCUGGAGUGAGCACUCAGGAUGAUGAAGAGGAAAACUUUGUGCUCUAUGUCGAAUUUCCGCGGUUUGACUUUCCCAUUGUUUUCCAGGACUUUGAGUAUCCACCUCCUCCAGUUUCUUCUCUUGCACAACAUACCCCAUCGGGUUCGACCGUUGCUCUGAAACCGCCGCCAGAAGUCCGGCUUGGCCCUGACAUCGAAGGAGCUGCAGAUGAUGAGGGCAACUAUCCUAUAAUACGAAUUUAUGAUCCUGAGGUUGGGCAGAGAGGAAACCCCUGUGAGGACAAACAUAGAAGGCUAGUCCGUAGCCAUCGAACCGGCAUCAUGGACCGCGACUUGAAACCGAACCCGAAGAUUCGUGAUGAGAUCAACGAGAUCAUGUCCUAUGGUCCAACCCAGGAACUGAAUGCGGAAGAGAAAGAUCUAGUUUGGAAAUUUAGAUUCUAUCUCACUCGAGAUAAGAGAGCAUUGACCAAAUUUGUCAAGUCGGUCAAUUGGCAAGAUGCCAGUGAAGCGAGACAGGCCGUUGAAAUUCUACCAAAAUGGACGGAGAUCGAUGUUGAUGAUGCUCUGGAGCUGCUCGGCCCGCUUUUUGACAAUCCAGAAGUCCGAGCUUAUGCUGUUGACCGAUUGAGGAAAUCCGAUGAUGAGGAACUACUCUUGUACCUUCUGCAGCUUGUACAAGCGCUGAAGUUUGAAUCUAUCCCCAAGAGUUCUACUGAUGAAACGAACGAAGCUGCGCAUGAUUCUUCACUGACAAAUUUCUUGAUUAGCCGCGCGGCCAAUAAUCCGAUACUCGGUAGCUAUUUUCAUUGGUAUUUGAUGGUUGAAUGUGACGACACUGCUGCGGGAACCCUUUCCACUCACCGAAAAUUCUUUGCCAGCGUGGAAUUUUACUUUAUGCUCGAGUUAGAGAAGGUCAACCCUGCCCAGAGAAAAGUACUACUCCGACAGGGCGAACUUAUCACUAUUCUUUCCAAAGUUGCAAAGGACAUCCGAUUCGCAAGAGUCAAUCGUCCUUUCAAGAUUGAAAUGCUUAAAAAAUUCCUCAGUGACCCUAAGAACGAUAUCUUACAAAUCGAUCCCCCGCUUCCUUUCCCUUUGGAUCCUACGGUCUCGAUUGUUGGGUGUCACCCAGAGGAGGUAAAUGUCUUCAAAUCCUCCUUAUCGCCUCUAUUUAUCAAUUUUAAGCUGUCCGAUGGCAGGAAGUAUCCCGUCAUUUUCAAAGUUGGAGAUGAUUUGCGUCAGGAUCAACUGGUCAUACAAAUCAUAACUCUUAUGGACCGGCUUCUGCAGAAGGAAAAUUUGGACCUUAAACUCACUCCCUACCGCAUCAUUGCAACUGGAGCUACGGCGGGCGCGGUACAGUUCGUUCCAUCAACACCCUUAUCCGCGGCCACUGCGAAGUACAAAGGGUCAUUACUUGCUUACCUAAAAGCAAACAACCCCGACGACAGUGAACCUUUAGGCGUACGAAAAGAAGCAAUGGACACAUACAUUAAGUCCUGUGCUGGAUACUGCGUCAUCACUUAUCUCCUAGGUGUUGGUGACCGCCAUCUAGAGAAUCUCCUUCUUGCUCCUGACGGACACUUCUUCCACGCCGAUUUCGGCUUCAUUCUCGGCCGCGACCCAAAACCCUUCGCACCCAUGAUGAAGCUUUGCAAGGAGAUGGUCGAGGGAAUGGGUGGUGCCAACUCGCCGAAUUACAUCCAAUUUAAACAAUACUGCUUCACAGCAUACAUCACACUUCGCAAAUCGGCCAACCUUAUCCUCAACUUAUUCAGCUUGAUGGUUGAUGCUAAUAUUCCUGAUAUACGUGUUGAGCCAGACAAGGCAGUUCUGAAGGUCAAGGAAAGAUUUCAUUUAGAGAUGACAGAGGAAGAGGCGAUUCGUCACUUUGACGAACUCAUCAUCAACAGUGUCAAUGCCAUUUUCGGUGCUGUUAUAGAUCGAAUCCACGACUUGGUCCAAGGAUGGAGAGCAUGA